AUGGAAAAUACAACAUGUCGGAGAAAUUUUCUUAGAUUUAUUACACUUUAUUACGCUGCUGCUGUAGCUCCGAGAUUAGUUCCACCCAUAAAAAGACCGAGAUUGAUGGUUGCUCAAACGAGGCCUACUAAAAAUGCUACAACAACCACAACCGCUACUACACCACCCAAUGCCAAUUCAACAAAUCAGGUUAAGGUUUUUCCAUCGUCGCAAACGAAUAAUGGAAUCGUUCCGACUGCUACCGCUACUCCCACAGCAGCAGUAGCAUCAGCACCAGCAGCACCAGCAUCAAAUCCUUCGACCGCUGUCGUCGCUCCGGUCACUACUUCUAAGGAUCAGAUAAAAAUUUAUAGUAAUCCAGACAUUUUAAUUUGUGGUAACUGUAGAGAAAUGUUUACCGAACUUCAAGAUCUUCUCGAUCAUAAAAAAGCUUAUUGUAAACUUCGUUUCACCUGCAAGUGCAACAUAAUCAACGGCGUAAAAUCUCCAAGCAGUCGUAAAGACGCAGCAGCAUUAUUAUGCGUUCAAUGUAAGGAUGCUUUCAUAAGCGCUUGGGAUCUCAUGGUUCACGUUCAAGCUGCCCACAUGGUUAACAUAUACGAGUUAGGAGUUCCAAAAUGCUCCAAUGGUACACAACACAUAUCACCAUCGGCAUCUCCUAUUAGAAAGAACGGCGUUGAUGACGAUGGAACGGAUGAUAUUCUAUUAGAAUCUCCAGAUUCUGGAAAACAUCGUGAAAACGAAUUGGAUCAACUUAUGGAUGCAAUCGAUACUGAAGGAUCCGAGUGUUGCGUAUUAAACAACAUAACAUUGAAUCAUAAUACAGACAGCAACAAUAGCACCGAUGAAAUUCCAUCUUUGAUAGGAAAACCGAUUAAUGGAAAUGCUCCAGGACCGGAGUGA